AGAAGGACUGCUUGCACAGCAGUCGUUGUCUUUAUUCAUUGAGCCAAGGUUUUUGUCCAAUUAAAAAUCUAUAAACAUUUUAUUCAUAUACAUAUCUAUUAAAUACCUAGCAAGGCUCUAAACGCCGCCGACUCGCCGUCCAACUAGCGAUGGGAACCACCACCAUGCAAAUAUGCAAUUCGCCGCCGCUCUAACAAAAACCCCAACCCGCUACACCCUCCCGGCCGAUGGCUCAGUCCACCCCUGAUCCCCCGGCUUUAGUGGCGAUGACGUUGGCGGAGCUAGAGGCAGCCAUCGCCGCCCUGCCCGGCAAGUGGGGUGCCCUGCGGGAGGCGUUCGAUCGCCUCGCCGCCUGCUCACCCUCGCCGCUCCCCUUCGCCUGGGAGGACCUCGACGGCUACAUCUCCUCGCUCCAGUCGUCAGUCGCGCUGCGGUUUCGCCAGGUCCGCGCACUCGAGGCCGCCGGCGCUGUACCUGCUGCUGCCGCGUCGUUGGUAACUCGCGGAGAUGGAAAGGGAGAAAACCAGGAGUUGGAGGAGGAUGAUGAAUUAGAUGAGGAUGUCGCGGUGGAAGUGGAGGAGAAGGUCGCGGUGGAAGUGGAGGAGGAGGCCGAUGAGGAGAUACAGGAAGCCGACAGCGAUAAGAUUUGCAAUGAUGAAAAGGAUGGGAAGGAGGCGAGAGAGGUGGAAGUGGAGAAGGAGGUGGCGGAGUUGGAGAAGGCCGAUGAGGAUAUGCAGGAAGCCAACAGCGACAAGUUUUGCAAUGAUGAAAAGGACGGGAACGAGACAAGAGAGGUGGAAGUGGAGGACGAGGUGGCAGAACUGGAGAAGAAGGCCGAUUUGGAGAUGCAAGAAGUUGACUACGAUAAAAUUUGCAAUGAUGAAAAGGACGAGAAGGGGGGCAAAGAAGAGGUGGUGGAGGAAGAGGGAGUUGAGGAGGCAUCCAACAUCAAGAUUGGCAAUGAGAUUAAGUAUGAGAAGGAGUCAAGGGAGGAGGAGCAGGCCAGUAAGGUGAAUGAGCAAGAUCCUGACAAGGAGAUGCAGGUGGUUGAUAAGGACAAGCUGAAUACCAAAGGUGCUUUUAAGGCUUCUCAGGACAAGGAGAAGGAUCAGGAUACCAACAUGGAUGAGACAGUGACCAAGAUGGCGUCUUCAGUGCAGCACAAGGAGGGGGAGGAGGCUUGCGACAGGAAGCAGAAGGAAGCACAGAAACAGGACCUUCAUGAGAAGGUGGAAGGUACCAAAAAUGCUAAGGACCAGGGUAAUCGAGCUCUUCCACGCAGAUCUGAUGAUUGCACUGUAGCAUGUGCAUACAUGGAUGCCAAGAGGUUGGUCAAGCUCGUAUGCACCAACACUGACCUCAAAUCAGAGCUUCAUGCUGCAUUUCGCUGUGCUCCAGAUGCUGCAGCAGUCGCUCUCCACGUAGUUGAGUUAUUCCUACACAACAAGACAUUUGUUAGGACCAACAAGGUCUGGGCAAACUGUGUUGAGCUAGUUCAAAUGGUACCUGUAUUUGUUACCAAGCCUUCUGCAGACACGACUGAGCAGGCCAAGCGGAUGGCUAAGGAUUGGAAGGAGAUGAUUGACAGUCCAGAGAGUUGCUAUGUUCUUGGCAGCCUAGCCUCGUGGGGCCUCCUUUACUUUCUUAUCUCCUAUAACAUUGUAACUGAGUUUGACAUGAAGGAGAUCUUCCGUCUCUUUGGUAACAUCCCUUUCAAACAGAAGAAGAAAUCUGCCAUGCUCUUAAAAGGUCUUGGGCUCAGCAAUAGAAUCCCAGAGUUAAUGGACUAUUUGAUCGGAAACGGACAACAAAUGGAUGUUUUAUGUUUGGCACGUGUUCUUAACAUGGUGGACAAGUAUCCUCCACUUUCUCUUCUGAAGGGAUAUGUCGAAAAGGCAAAACAAACUGCUAUGGAAAUAUCUCAAAAGAAUAUGACACGCCAAUUGAGGGUAGUUAUAAUAAAGGAGCUUGAUGAUCUAAGAAGGGCUCAUUUUUUGGUUAAGAAGGAAAUCACGAACACCAACCUCUGCACCAGUAUCAGGGAAGAAAUCAACAUUUUGUUAGGUGAGCUUGAAAAAAAGAAGCGGGGUUUAGCAAAUCCCUUGACAGCCUCAACUUCAAAUUCACAGCAGCGACAAACAAAGAUUAACAAGAAGCGCAAGGUAAUGCAGAAGCAGGAGCAUCACAAAGGACAAGAAGACCGGAUGCAAGGGCAACUGAGUGGGCUGGCAGAGAAGCCCGAGAAGAAACAAAGGAAGCCCCAACAGGAGCAGCAACAGGAACAAGAAAAUAAGCCGGAAGAGAAGAAACAGAAACAAGAAGAUGGGCCAGAAGAGAAGAAACCGAAACACGAAUAUAAGCCAGAAGAGAAGAAACGGAAACAAGAAGAUAAGUCAGAAGAGAAGCAGCAACAGAAAAAGCAGAAACAUCAUAAAUGGCUGAGGCAACGCACUCCCAUGCUACCUGCACAGGGUUACCCUGCAAUGUGGAACGCAGCAAUGAGGAGCGACUUGGAGCCUCCACCAUAUGCCGCGACGCAUGGAGUCCAUCAUGGUUACCACCACCCUGUCCAGCCAGGCUGGCCUGGGGUUCAUUGCGCAUCGCCGUUCAUAGGACCCUCUACACCCUGGUACCCUCCUCCUCAGUUCUAUCCCAGGUAGCAGUACCUGCUGUGUUGAGGGGUGUUGCUCCAUCGCCCAGUAUAACAUGGAUUACGCGCAGGAGUUCAGUUAGGACUUUGGAGAAAUAGAGUGGUAUGUUUUCUUCAGUGAUCUGAGAGACUGGAGUUGUUUUUCUUCUAGCCUGACAGACUGGCAUGUAUAUAUAUAUUUUUCUGCGAGACAAUCUUCUUAGAUAAGUUCAGGGAUCUGAGAGGUCCUGUUAUAUGCAGUAAUCACUCCGUUCAGAUUUUAAUCUAUUCUGUCUUUUUUUCUAUUCUUCUGUGAGUCGGUCAUCUUAGAGAACCUUAGCGAUCUGAGAGACAGCUCCUGUUAUAUGCAGUAAUCACUCCGUUCAGAUUUUAA